AUGCCGCAUCCAUCUAUCGCAAAUGCCAACGAAUCGCAUCGAUAUACCUACUCGCCACCCAGUCGGUCCGGUACGACACAGUUCUUUGAUGACAAGAACCGGAUCUUCACUGGACCAAGGACCGUCAUGAAUCUCUUAGCUACCGCAACUUCAUCCUUUGGCGAGAUACUACCACUAGAUCUGCCGUUCAACAAUUCCGCUUACACCGUCGAUUUCUAUGCUCCGGUAAUCAAAUGUGGCAAGGCCAAUGAGACGGAAGAGCAUGCUAUCGACUCUUUCUUGCAAGAGGAAAUGUCGGCGUUGGAUGGCACACUUAUAGAGACGGACAAUGCGUACUUCAGCUUCGUGCCAACUCAUAAUAGCACUGGAGGUCUCACAGCAGUUUCGCAUCCUCGUCAACACGUACCUUCGAAACCAGCGAAUGAGCUUUGGAUGACGUUUCUGCGGCCUAUCAUCAACGACCAAAGCGAGCGGGUCAAAUUCCGCCAGUACCAGAUCUGUCGACCACACAACGCCUCCUACAGUUUGGAGAUCUCGCAGUAUCAUGGGCUGCAGAACGUAUCCGGAAAAUACGAGGUCGGUGAAACGAUCUCGUUUCCAGACGAGGGACCUGAUGAGAUCUCCAACAUGACUCAACAUGCGUACACAGCAUUCAUGUGGGUUAUGUGCGACCAACUGGUGGGCAAGCUAGCAUGGCUUAAGGACACGAGUAUCUCAGACAAACAAGCAGCAGCUCAGUACGGUGUCAUCGACUCGCCUAUACAGCGUACUAGUCUGUUGGGCUCUGCCGAUCUGGAUGCGUACUUUGAGUUCGACGAAGAGAAGGUGUUAUACAAAGGGCAGAAUAUGUCAACGGCCUUCAAGCUCAGUGAUCAGAGGCUACAAGAUAAGGCUAUGGCGAGAAACCGGACACUGGACGUUCUCAUCGAAGAACUAAGUUUCAAUCUGACGGUUAGCAUGAUGCAUAACCGGCUACUAACGUAA